GUGUAUGGUUUUAUUCCCUUGGGCCGAGCUCUCUAUUGAGGUGUGUGCAGAGAGGCAGUCUGUCAAGAGAGUGCUCGCCGUUAAGUGUCACAUGUACAGGUGCUGGGGACUUGUGUUGACAAAUUUGGAAAUAAAAACAUUGUGGAUGUAAAAUUAACGGAGAGGUCAGGUCUAGAUCCGAAAGGUAAUGAGGAGUAUAAGUUACCUGUCCUUACAGAACACAGGUGUGUGCACGCUGGAAACUAUACCCAUUACAGUCACUUAAUAUCACUGAGAACAGGGGGACUCUGUCAAGAGCGACAUAUCAAUCAGGAUUAGGAUUGAUUUGGAAGCGAGGACUCAUCCAGGAAGCUAAUACUUGUAUUUGAAUGAAGAUUAGAAGAGCUACGCUUUCAAAAGUGUGGAGUGAAAAAGUUGACGGGCUGUUUACCUCAGUUUUCUUUUUCUCCUAAAGUAGAUGGCAAUUAAAUUGCUAUCAACCCGAGCAGGUGAAAAGUGGAGCGGUUGAGUGGAAAAUUCCUCUAGAUUUUCUUUUUGAUGUCAGGGUACACAGCAUUGCUGGCCCCAGUGCCUGGUAACCAGCCGGAGUGUUCACAAGAAUGUAGACUUGUUUUCCACUAGUAUCUGGCACAUCUACAUCUACAGCACCCUGAAAAGAACAACAUACGUCACACUCCUGUCAAACAAAGAUGAUAUCGAGUCUGGAAUAAUGACCUAUUACCUUAUUAUGAGUUAAGAAACACAUUCAUGAAGGAGUAGAUCUACAUCCAGGCAGGAGUCCAGGUGCAUGCAGCAACAACCAGUGCAGGUGUUGUUAUUAUUAUCGGAUGAGAAGAAUUCGUACAAAAAAAAGUUUUUUAUUUUAUCUGAAGUGUUUUUCAGCAUCCUAGAUACUGACAGUUGAGCAUAGUAAAUCCCAAGAGUGAUAUAAGGCAAUGAACAUCACGGCCUGGAAGACAUAGUAGGUCCCAUGUUAGCUACUGCAGCUGAGUAUACCAAGUACUGCACAUUAUCAAAGCCAUUAGCUUCACUAAUGGCCAGGUAUUGUACUUGGUCAGGGCCCCAUGGCCCAUUUGUUUAUCUGUUUGUUGUUUUUCACGAAUGCAGGUGGAUUGCCUGAGCACAGAGUUUAGAGAGCAGGGUUAUAAGAGAAGAUUGGAAGUCUUGGGUUGACAUUAGUAAAGGCCAGUUGGCAGGUGUCCCUGCCUAACCUCUCCGCAGGGUUCUCCCAGCCCGAGCCGCUCCACACCUGUGUUCAUGCCAGCUUCAGACUGCACUGGAAUGUACCAGUAAUGAGGAACUUUCUAUUCUGGUGAAAUUUAACUAAUCCCAGCGCAUAUCUCAAUAGUUGAGACAACUGCUGACCAGUAAUGAUGCUACUACCCAGAGAUGAGGAGGGUUAAGGCGGGAGCAGACUGUCUCUAAACACAAGGAGAACUCUACAGGCAGCUUGGUGCCCCCCUCCUCCACAGCCCUGGGUAUAUACUACCUGCAUCAGAUAACACAUUCUGUAAUGACUAAUGUGGUGACAACAUCAAAGUGAUUUGCAUGAAUAGCUGGCCAGGCUGUGUGUAUGCUACAGUAACACUGUGGUCUCUCUCAGUCCUAGCUCAGCCGCCUUAGUCUACACACUUGGAGUAGAGUAGUUUUAUUAGAUUACUAGAUACAUAGGUCUACAGGAUACAGACAGAGUACUAGUGUGUGUGUGUGUGUAUAUAUAUAUAUAUAUGUAUAUGUACACACUCUCACUCACUGUGGAGUAAGUACUUAGCACUAGCAGUGAUCCAGGGUAUAUAGAUAUAGUGGAGUAAGGAGUUUGAGAGAAGAUGUGCUACUGAUGAACUUUUCCAAAGGUCAAGAGACUAGUUUAAGGUGAGAGCUUAGAGCACAUCAUAAAGAGGAAUACCCCGGGAAUUCCUGACAGUUUGGAGAGACCCGGCUAACACUUUAGUCUUCCUCAUUGCAGCCACAGGAGUGGGUAAAUUUGUUUUCUGCACCAGACUACAGCUGAUUGGAUGCAAAGUUUUCAUGAUUAAUGUCAAAAUGAUCGCGUAAAAUGUGCACAGAGAGGAUAUUACCUGAAAUGCGGGCAGACUAUUGAUUGAGACCAAUCAAUAUAAAUGGAGAACAAUUACUAACUAAUGCUGGAGAAGCAAUCUCUACUGGACAUCAGCACUAGAAGGAUGACUACACAGGACUAGCCAAGAAGAAAAGAAAAAAAAGUUUUUAUUUUCACUGAUGAAUUAAGCUGAUGCUGGGAGUAUUAUGAACACUUUGUCUUUGUCCAUCUUUAUUCCGUAAGAGCUCCCAAGUUCACUGUUGAGCAUCAUUCGGUACACUCAGAUGAUAGCCGCAGUCAGGUGCUGCUGAAACUUCCUGGAGUUACAAGUCCUGGGAUUUCCAGGUGGCCAGCCACAGCAUAUAUAUCUUACAUAUAUAUGUACCACAUAGAGAUGGGGAUCCAGUGAAAACCUUUAACUUAGUAAUAUGGCCAAAGAUACAUGGAAGAGUUUUACACACUCUUUACCUAGGUGUCUUCAGUUGGGGAUGCUUGUCAUUCUGCUCAAUAUUGGAAAUGUAUUUGUGGAAGGGAGAACUUGCAUAGGGACAAAAUAUGAACUGAGUAUGCAAGGCGAUGCGAUUUAUCGCUACAACUUAUAUAGGGAACGCUACAUGAACUGUACUUAUGUGCAGGGAAACUUAGAAAUCACUUUCUUGGAUAACCCGCAACUGGAUCAUCCUUAUGAUUUGAGCUUUUUGAAGCACAUUCGUGAAGUGACAGGCUAUGUGUUAAUUGUGUCAGUAUUUGCAAACUAUGUCCCACUGGAAAACUUGCGUGUGAUCCGCGGGAAGACCUUAUACUAUCAAAAUAACAGGGGUUACAGUCUCUACGUGGCCCUGAACAGCAAACCCAGUAACUCAGAUAUGUUUGGAUUGAAGGAACUACGGUUUGUGAAUCUCCAUGAAAUCAUGGCUGGGGAUGUGUACUUCUCCAAGAACCCCUUGCUGUGCUAUGAGAAUACAGUGGUCUGGAAUGGCAAGAUUGUAACAGGAGAAGGCAGUCAGGUCUUCGUUGAUGAUGAUGCCAAAGGGAGAUCUUGCGGAUCAUGUCAUCGUUCCUGUGAGGGCCAUUGCUGGGGAGCAGGACCAAAUAUGUGCCAGAGAAUCAUCAAGUGUGCCCCCCAGUGUGAUGGCAGUUGCUAUGGCAGCGGCCCAGUGGAAUGUUGUCACUACCAGUGUGCCGGAGGGUGUACAGGACCAACCAACAAAAACUGUACUGCCUGCCGACAUUUUCUUGAUGACGGAGCAUGUGUUCCUUACUGCCCUCAACGUCAAAUAUAUGAUGAAAAGACAUUUACAUUUGUGGACAACCCAAAAUUUAAGUACACAUAUGGAUCCUUAUGUGUAAAGGAGUGCCCAGAUCAUCUUCUUAUGGACCAGUCAGGUUGUGUAAAGAAAUGUCCAGAAGGAAAAGUAGCCAACAACCGUAAAUGUGAACCUUGUAAAGGACCGUGCCCCAAGAGUUGUAAUGGAACAGGGGAUACAUACAUCACUUCUCAAAAUAUAAACAGUUUCAAUGGAUGCACCAUUAUAGAAGGAAAUCUGAAAAUAUUAAGUCCGACUAUUGAUGGGGACAUGUUCAACAAUAUACCACCUAUGUCGCCCUCGCAGUUGGAGGCAUUAAGUCAAGUUCGAGAAGUGACACACUAUGUCCUGAUUCAGUCUAAUAGUCCAAACCUCACCAGUCUAGCCUUUCUCAGAAAUUUGGAGAUAAUCCAUGGCAGGGAGUUACAUACGGGGGGUAAAGCAACAUUAGGAGUCCCACAGAGAGGAUCAGCACUUGAUGUAUAUUCACAAACAGUGACAUACCUGGGGUUUAGUUCUUUGAAAAGGGUAAAUGGUGGCGAGAUUCGGAUCACUCAUAACAGUGCACUUUGCUACUGGUACACCAUAAAGUGGGAGACCCUUACAGGUCCAAAGAGUCUCCAUUUUGUUGAACAGAACAAGAUAGAGGCAGAGUGUGAGCGAGAAGGGCGUGUGUGUAGCGCCGAGUGUCGAGAUGGCUGCUGGGGACCAGGAGACGACAAGUGUGUCAAGUGCGCUAACAAACGCCUUGGGAACAAGUGUCUAGCAACGUGUGACCCGAGUCUGGGAAUAUACACCAAAGAUGACAACGUCACCUGUGACUACUGCCAUCCAGAGUGUGCCAGGACAUGUACUGGACCAGAGGCCAAGGACUGCGAUAGCUGUAAGAACUAUAAGAAUGGACCAUACUGUGUGAAGGAGUGCCCAGAGUCCAUGUAUGGUGACAACACCACCAAGGAGUGCAAAAAGUGCCAUGAGAAUUGUCUUCUGUUGCAGGAAGAGAGCGGGUGCUCGGGUCCUGGGAACUUUGUUGGUCCAGGAGGCUGCUCCAAAUGCAAGAUGUUUAUCUAUGACAAAAGGACCAAGAACGUCACUGAAUGCCUCCCUACAUCAGACAAGGGGCAGCCGCAGUGUCCAGCAGGAUAUUAUGGUCACAGAGUCACAUCCCAUGAACACUUAAAUACAGCCUAUGGGCUCCAGGGCAUGCAGUCCUGCGAAUUAUGUAAUCCCUUGUGUAAGACCUGCUUUGGGGCCCUGCCAACCGAGUGUAAUGAAUGCACCUUCUUCAAAGACAUCAGCAUGUCUGUGCAUUUUUGUGUUGUCUCUUGUACUGAGCGAAAUUAUGAGGACCACAAUGAUAAGACUUGUAAGCCGUGCAAUUCCGAGUGUCGCAAAGGAUGCACAGGACCCAACUCUACACAGUGUAAUUUCUGCAGUAAUGUGAAGGUGCCACUUGGAAUUACUGUGAAUGGAGUGGAUAUGUUCAAUUGCUCCAGUGAGUGUCCUAGUCAUCUGCCUCACAAAAGACGUGAAGCUGGGGACGAGGUGUGCAGCACGCCACCUGUGAUUGGUCUAGCCACCGGUCAAAUUGCUGGCAUUGCGGGAGGUAGUGUGGUGUUUGGUCUCAUCUGCAUCAUUUUACUCGCCUUCCUGUGCUACAAGAGACAAAAAGCUAAGGAGACAACCAUUAAACUAACCUCUAAGAUGAUUGGCUAUGGAGAUGAUGAGCCACUGACGCCUACAGACGCCGUUCCAGAUCUCUCCAAAUUGAGACUUAUUAAAGAGUGUGAAAUACGGAAAGGAGGAAUCAUUGGUUCUGGUGCCUUUGGAACAGUGUAUAAAGGCGUCUGGAUACCUGAUGGAGAGAAUGUGAAAAUACCUGUUGCCAUCAAAGUCUUACAAGAAGGCACAUCGCCCAAUCACAACAGAGAGUUGCUCGAAGAGGCACGUGUCAUGUGUUCUGUGGAGCAUCAAUGCUGCGUGCGCAUUCUUGCAGUGUGCAUGACAGCGCAGAUGAUGUUGAUUACACAGCUGAUGCCCCUGGGGUGUUUGCUGGAUUAUGUCAGGAAGAACAAGCAGAAUAUAGGGUCCAAAGUAUUGCUCAAUUGGUGUGCCCAGAUAGCUAAGGGCAUGUCGUACUUAGAAGAGCGAGGCAUUGUCCACAGAGAUCUGGCAGCAAGAAAUGUCUUGGUUCAAAGUCCCAGUUAUGUUAAGAUCACAGACUUUGGUCUGGCCAAACUGCUGGACUACAAUGAGGCAGAGUACCAUGCGGCUGGGGGCAAGAUGCCAAUCAAGUGGCUAGCAUUAGAAUGCAUUCAACACAGAAUAUUUACUCACAAAACAGAUGUAUGGAGCUAUGGUGUUACAGUUUGGGAGCUUCUUACAUAUGGUUUGCGUCCGUAUGAAAAUGUUCGAGCACGUGAUAUCCCAGAUUUGCUUGAGAAGGGAGAACGUCUUCCUCAGCCAAGUAUUGCUACAAUAGAUGUAUAUAUGAUCAUGAUCAAAUGUUGGAUGUUGGAUGCAGAGAGUAGGCCAUCAUUCAAGGAACUCCAUGAAGAAUUUAGUAAAAUGGCCAGGGACCCAGGCAGAUAUCUUGUCAUUCAUGGCGACAGACUGAUGCGUCUCCCUAGCCAUACCUACGACAAGCGUGAUCUGAUCCGCAGCAUAAGUGGGGGGACGGAAGGGCCCGAGGAGAUCAUGGAGGCUGAGGACUACUUAAUGCCACGGUCCAGUACAGAGAAUGAGCAGGGGCCCAUGUCUCCCACGUCCCCUGUCUCUCCCAGUGGGGGCAUCACGAAACCACUUCUUCCUGUUAGUGAGCCAUACGACAACGACAGAGGUGCUAGAGCCUACCCAAGAGGGGAUUACUUAAAUACUGAAAAUAAGAGAGACAAAAAAUAUGGCAACCUUGAGGCAGCCAGUGCAGCCUCCAGAGGACGAGGCAAUAGUGUUAAUUCCAGAUAUAGCUCGGACCCCUGUAAACUACUGGUGGACAUGAAAGGAAGAGGUUUCUUUGAGAGAAUCAAGGAAGAAGAUGAAGUUGAUUCUCCAGUAAACCCGCAGCAGAAAUCGCGGCCCGACCGUCCUCCUAUGUUACCCGUAGACGAGGAUGAUUAUCUCCAGCCCAAAUCCACCAAUCCAGCUGCUUACAUGGACCUCAUUGGUGGAAAAGAACAAGUUGAAGAGCCAAAGGACAAUCACGACAAUGAUGUGUUCACAGAAACUGGGAACAUUGAUAAUCCAGAGUAUUUUGCAGCCUUCAGUCCCACAAGUCCAGAGACCCCACUCAAUGGACCUUUUAGUGAUAAGAGACCACUGUAUAAUCACAACAACAAUAACAACAGACAAUUAAACAAAUCCUCAGCGUCAGCAGAGGACCUGCCUGAUAGAAACUAUUACAACGAUAUUCGUCCCAUGGAGAUGUCAAAAGUGGAAGAAUCAAACUGCUAGCAGUGGAGUCAUAGUCAUAGUGAUGAUAUAGGUCCAAGGAUGUGAAGUGAAAUGUCCAGAUGGGAAAAUUACACAAACUUGUCAUAGAGCUCAUUAUAUAAUUUGUAUACAAACCAAUCUGCUGGCUUAAAGGGUAUGGUGUCUGUUCUUCCAGUGCAAUGUGGUGGCUAUACCAGCUUCAGCCUGGCUUCUUGUAUUCCUGGUCACAAUGACUAUUUCAAAGGUCAUACACAUGUGGGCACAUCUCUGCCUGAUAGAUGCUGUAGUUUUCUUGCAAAUUUCGUGUCAUACUGCAAAUUUGCCUUUGUAAUAUCAGGCCUAUAGCCAGCAAUUUCAAAAGGGGGGGGGGGGUCUUUUUCAGAAAAAGUGGACCUUUCACCAUGAAACCUUUAGGUAAAAUUUUACCCAGAGGGAACCUUUUCCCAGCAAAAAGGGGGGUUCUUUCAAACCCUGGCUACGGGACUGAAUAUUAUCUGUAAAAAAUGUUAUGUUGCAUUUAGUUUUUGUAAAAGUCGCAUGUUCCCAAUUAUGGUAGAAGAUCAGGUUUCUUAAACACUAAGAACAACAAAUUUUGAUUCAGUAAAAAUUAUUUUGAUAUUAUUAUACACUGAACACCAACACUAUGGAUCUUGAGUCAAACAGUGUUGUAAUAUCUACAAUGUUUUGUAAAAUAAGUAAUUAUGUUCAGGAAUUGUGUAAAAGGGUGAUGUAAAUGGAAAGACCUAUUUAGAACAGCACGAGAUUUAACUUGUCAUAGUCAGACUUUUACAAGAAAAUGAGGGAUAAUGAGUCUAUUAUUAACCCUGUCCUAGUCCAGAAUGCUGGCAAUAUAGUGGUCUUCUGCUGUAUGUGUGAAUACAGGCAAACAUUGGUCAAAGUAAAGGUUAAGGCCGGUGAAGAUGGAAGAUUCCAAAAGAAUGUUAUAACACAGGCACGAAGAAAAGGUUUCUAUACAAACCAUGUGGAAAAUUACUGCCAAGUGAAACUUUAUUGUCCUUACACAGGGAUAGUUGAAUCGUUUGCCAUUUGUAUAUAGAUCAAUCAUAAGAAUGUCAUUUUAAUCAUUUGACUCCUUAGUCAUGUGGUCUGAUCAAAAUUAUUUGUAGUCAUUUUUAAUGAGUUGAAUUAUUAUUAAAUAUUGAGCUUUUAAUAGUAAAUAUUUUAGCUAUUUGAGUACUGUCAAUACUGCCAUAUAAAAGCAUGUCUCAGAUCUAUGGGGUUAUAUAUAUAUAUAUAAGAAAGGUUGUGCAUAUUUCCCGUUUUGAUAACUGUGUAUAUAUAUUAUUACGAUAUUUUAUGUUCAGAAUUAUCAAAUAACUUGUUAUAUAGUAUGAAGCAAGUGAACAUUAUCUUCAUUUUUGCCAAGACUCAAUCAUAAGCUGUUUCUGUAGAUAUAAAUUUAAUGUUAAUAUCCAUAUUGGAGAGCAGGAGUAUUGUGGAUUGAGACAAUUUAAAUACCUAACUGCUGAGCAAAAAUCUAGAAAAAAAAUUUGUCUGAUGGUAGAAGAAAAAAACAUCAAAAGCAAGUUAUGCCAUGCAAGCGUCUUCAAUUUAUGUAGCUUCAUAUUUCAAAUGAUAAGAUGUAAUAUAGUUGUGUUAAUAAAUAUUUUUAUUAUUUUG